GUAAACUGCAAAGUGUAAACUAUCGAACGAAGUGUUUGGAACAUACGCGAGGCAGACUCGUUAAAUUCAACCACAUCCGAGAUAUACUGAUAUAGUAAAAGUUUUAAGAAUUACGAAAUGGAUCCAGCGCUGCUGAGGGAGCGAGAGCUCUUUAAAAAGAGAGCUCUCACCACACCAACCGUAGAAAAAAAGAAGAGAGAACCCGAGAAGGAGCCGAUUCGUGAUGAGCCGCCAAAGAAAAAGAGCAAGCCAAUAUCCUCGUCUGCCGCUCCCAAGCUGGACAUGGUCAACUACAAGACCAUGUCUGGGAGUUCGCAGUACAGAUUUGGAGUCUUGGCUAAAAUAGUCAAGCAUAUGAAAUCGCGGCAUCAGGAGGGAGACGACCAUCCUCUCACGCUUGAGGAGAUUUUAGAUGAGACGAAUCAGCUCGAUGUCGGAUCUAAGGUGAAACAAUGGCUGCUGACAGAGUCGUUGAUUAACAAUCCAAAGAUCGAAGUUUCUCCAGAUGGAAGAUUCUCCUUCAAAGCGAUGUACAAAAUAAAGGACAAGAAAUCAUUGCUCAGGCUCUUGAAGCAGCAGGAUCUUAAGGGACUCGGAGGUAUCCUGCUUGAAGACAUUCAGGAGAGCUUGCCGCAUUGCGACAAAGCUCUAAAGAGUCUCCAGAAUGAAAUACUUUUCAUAACAAGACCGUUGGAUAAGAAAAAGAUAGUGUUCUACAACGAUAAAACGGCCCAAUUUAUAGUCGACGAUGAGUUUCAAAAAUUGUGGAGGGCUGUCGCAGUUGACGCAAUGGAUGACCAAAAGAUCGAUGAAUACCUUGAGAAGCAGGGUAUUAGGUCGAUGCAGGAUCACGGACCAAAGAAGCCUGCGCCCAUUAAAAGGAAAAAACCAAACGCAAGGAAGAAGCAGUUCAAAAAACCACGGGACAACGAGCAUUUGGCAGACGUUUUGGAAACCUACGACGACAAUAAAUGAAGCGGAAAUUUUAAAUCUCUGAAAAUAGAUGGCUUGAUGAAGGAUUGUAAAUACAUACCGUUUGUAUAAGAAUAAAUAAAUAAUGUGAUUUAUUA